UUCUGUCAACAUGCGACAUUCGAUUUCCAUGCUUCAAGAAAUUAACAUUGUUGACAAAGUUUUACUUUAAUUUAAGUUGUGUAUCGAAUAAACAAUUAAAAUGUCUAAAGCGGGGAAAAUGAAAAUGAUGAAAGCUAUAGUUGAAAAAAUAGAUCAUAGCUCAAAAUUAAAAACAAACAUAUUAGCUGGACUUGCUUCGCCGAGUCCUCCUCUUGGCCCUCAACUUGGACAGAGAAACAUAAACAUUGCGGCUUUUUGUAAAGAUUUCAAUGAAAAAACAAAAGAUAUAAAGGAAGGAAUUCCCUUGCCCUGUAGAGUAAAAGUAAAUUCAGAUCGUACUUAUGAAUUGGUAAUUCAUCAGCCACCUGUGAUAUAUUUUCUAAAACAAGCCGCUGGAAUUCAAAAAGGAACAGGCAAACACAAGGAACAUGUUUCUGGUAAAAUAACGCUAAAACAUUUGUAUGAAAUAGCAAAAAUUAAAUCUCAAGAUCCUCCGCUUGCAUUGAUGAGUUUAGAGCAAAUUUGUCAAAUGAUGGUGGGAAUCGCAAAAAGUAUUGGUAUUCAAAUUGUUCGUGAAUUAGAUGCAAAAGAAUAUGAAGAAUUCUUGAAAGAACGAGCAAAAAUUGUAGCCGAGGAGCAGCAGAAAUUGCAAGAAUUAAGAGAAGCCAAAUUAUUGAGAACUGGAUAAAUGUGGUAAUAAAAUGUAGAAUAAAUUAUCAAAAAACAUUUUUAAAGUUGUUUGUAAAAAAAAUAUAUAAGUGUAAAUAGAUGCUACAAAA